UUUCUGACAGGGGCUUCAUGGCGGCCUCCUCGUCGUCGGGCGUAGCAGCGGACCCCACAGAGGACGACGACGAGGUCGUCGCCGAGUUGGACGUGUACGUCUCCAAGGCACUGGCCGACAGAUUGUACCUCGUCCAGUACCCGCAGCGGAAGCCCGACGGUAACUACGACGAGGAAUGCAUCGCGGCGCGAGUCAAGCCCGGGCAGAAGAAGAUCGAGCUCGAAUUUGUCGCCUACAACGACGAUCCGAGCUACAACGCGGAGCCAGCUAGACAGUUCACCGGCGAGGCGACGGCAUCGGGCGCCGAUUUCGCCGCGAAACUUAAACACGAACCUCAGGCGGACGCCGCCAUUGAAGGGUCACAGGUAACGGUACCGGCGGCAAGCGCAGACCUCGGGCAGACGGUGAAGAAAAAUCCCUUGGAUGGCGCCGUGAUUGUGAAGGUGGAACCUUCGACUGACGUCACAUGCGCGAACCAAUCGUCGCCGGAAAAGCAAACGGUGGGCGUGGCUGAGCGAGUGGUGAAGGCUGAACCUACGGUGGACGCCAUCAGUGACGAGUUCACGGAGCAAGAGCUCACGGUAAUGACGGAAGCUAACCAGCCACGGUGCGUACGAAGUGCGAUGAGUGUGGGCUCCGUAAACGACGUAAACGUGGAGCCUGGGACGAGCGAUGGAGUUCGACGUUCCAUAAAAGCGGGAGCCGACUUGAAAAACUGCCUUCGCCAGUCAAUAGAGCUGGAAACUGCCGCUAGUGACGCACCUCAUAAGAGGUCGGCGAACGUGAAAACUAGCCCGCCGAGCACCGGCACCACCACCAACAGCGAUGGAGGGGCGAGGACGUCGACGCACAGGCGCGCCGUCACGUCCACGGUUUCGACAACUCGUCCCGAAAAUUACGCCGUGGGACUCCUCCUGCCGGGCGAGCUUCACCUGACGCCCCUUCACGCCAUCGUAAGCAUGGCGCCGGCGCUGCACCACCCCGCGGACCAAUCGUCGGACGCCGACGCCAAGACGAUGCCAAUCCGGCCAGCAACUGACGAAAGCUCCGCCAUAGAGCCGGAAAGUGGCUACGCGAACGACGACCUGACCACGCAGGCCGAGCUAUACGGUAGCGAAAACAGGGUUGACGAACGGCACCCACGCACUCGCCAGCGACGCUUCGUGCAUGUGCAACGCGAAAACGAAAGCGAACCGUGGGUGGACGCUACGAUCCACUACAGUGACUCCGAGACGUGCCGCGCCGAGAGGGAGCUAAUAGUAGGACCUCGAAGCGAGCGCGAGCGACACGUCUCGUCAAGUCCUGGGAAACACUAUGUGCGGAGGCUUCUUACGGCGCAGUCAAUGGCAAAGCAUUCAAACGAAGCACAUUCGCAGACUCACGCCGCGCCAGACGCGUUCGGCACGCAGCAGCUGUCCAUGCACGCCAUCAGCUGCCUGCCGCUCGAAGAGCAGAUAACGGCCAUCCUCAGAAACGUCAAGGUGAUUGACUUCGCCAAGCUCAUGUCUGUGCUGCCGAACACGGCUGACGAAGAUGCCGUCCUCGACACCCUGCAGUAUACGGCGGUCCUGGUACAGGGCUGCUGGGUGGUUAAAGGUGAGGAGCUCUACCUGGGGGAAGGCUUCAGCAAAAAGACGGGAGUGCGCCUGGAGACGUUGCGCAACGCCCGGGACCUGCUCUUAUAUGUGUACACCCAGACGAGGCACGUCGUGGAGUCCGCGUUUGCCGAUACCCUGAGGCGGGGCCUCUGUUCGCUUCCCAGUGAAUACCUCAGGGCUCUCCUGGAGGACAUCGCCAGGCCGACCCCUGACGGCUGGGAGUUCCUCCUGCCGUACGACUCCGACUUCACGGAAGCUCACCCCGACGUGGUCCUGAAACAACAACGGGUGUGGCACGACCGGCGCGUGGCUCUAUCGAGGACGUUCCGCAUGGACGUUCCGUCCGUAAUGUCGCGGCUGCAGGAGAUGCAAGUGGGUCAUCGCGAGUCUCCUUCAAACGAUGCUGCUGGAAACAAGGCUUCCCGUCGUCGGACAACGUCCAAAACAGUGGAAAGCUCGCCGAGGUCUUCCUGCGGUAGUCCGGUCGCGAAGCUCAGCAAGAUGGCGGAAUGACCCGCUGCAACGACAGCUAGUAACAUAAGAGUCUAAUAGUGUCCGAACUCGAGCAAGUUAGUGAAGGCUUUUAGCCAUGAAUCAGGAACAUUAAGCUCCUGUCACGGCCACGUCGUCAAAAAUUUUUUAGUUUUUAGUUGAUAUU